GAAGUGCUCUUCACGCCAUAUUCGUGGUGAUAUAGCAUUCUUGGUUGACGGGUGCCGGGGCUGUCUUUGUCGCAAAAUUUCUAUCGAACAUGUAUAUGUCUUCAGCACCACACGCACAGCUCCAGCCUGGAAAACAUAUGGAGUAUCAUUACACUGGUCCAGUCGAGCAUCGUUUUAACCCGUAUACCUUCAACGGAGGUACAGUGCUGGCUCUUGCUGGGGAUGACUUUGCUAUUGUUGCAUCAGACACUAGACUGAGUGAGGGAUACUCAAUCCACAGCAGGGAUACUCCAAAAUGCUAUAAACUUACAGACAAAACAGUUAUUGGAUGCAGUGGCUUCCAUGGCGACUGCCUUACGCUUACAAAGAUUAUUGAGGCCAGAUUAAAGAUGUACAAGCAUUCAAAUAAUAAAACGAUGACCAGUGGAGCCAUAGCAGCAAUGCUAUCAACCAUUCUCUACUCACGUCGCUUUUUUCCUUAUUAUGUUUAUAAUAUUAUUGGAGGCCUUGAUGAAGAAGGAAAAGGAGCAGUUUACAGCUUUGACCCUGUAGGCUCAUAUCAAAGAGAUACAUACAAAGCUGGGGGUUCAGCGAGUGCUAUGCUCCAGCCUUUGCUAGACAAUCAGAUUGGAUACAAGAACAUGCAGAAUGUUGAACAGCUUCCAUUGACACUGGAGAAGGCCAUACAAUUGGUCAAAGAUGUUUUUAUUUCAGCAGCUGAGAGAGAUGUGUAUACAGGGGAUGCACUUAAAAUCUGCAUUGUUACCAAGGAUGGCAUUAGAGAAGAAUCCUUCUCUCUGAGGAAAGAUUAGCUUGUAGAAAGAAAGGAUUAACAUUGUUCCUUUAUUUAGCAACUCAUUCCUUCUUUCCUUUCUAAAUUCAUUAGUAAACUGUUUGUUUUCACUUUAUUGGGUGUGAUGCCCUCUGCAUAUGAAAUAUCUGAAUACUUCUGUAGCAAGUCCAAUGCUUUUCAGGUAUCCAUGUGAGUUGUUAAAUAAAGCAAUGUCAUUUAAUUAUAGUUUCGAUUUUGCAAGUUUUUUUCUUUUUUCUAAAAAAUAAAAAAAAAAAUUCUACUUGUCA